GUGAAUUAUAGAUUAACAAUUGUGAAUAUUAUAAAAAAAUGUCACUUAAGAGUUAGAUAACUUUGGGAGGAGAGGCGGGGGCGUACAGGAAAACAUUACGGCGCAUUACAUUGGGGGGGCGGGGGGGUCAAAAAUCUUCAAAAAUUGCGUUACGUAAUACUUGAACGGCCCUUAAGUUAUUAUGGGUUUUAUUAUGUACGGUGGUCGAUAACCAAGCGGAUAAAAAUAUCUUGCCACCAUAUUAAUGUAAGUACCUCCCACCAGCGAAUAGUCUAUUCAUCAAGCGGACAGGUCCCGUAGUUUCGAGACAGGAUGCAGUUUCGCCAGCGUUCGACGGCGCGUGGCGAGCCCUCGCCAACAAUAUAUAUAAACAGACGGACACAACAACCAGCAGUCUGUGUGCUAACAACAUGAAGUGCGCGGUGGCAAUAGUUCUCGCCCUCAUCGGCAUGGUGGUCACUAACCCUGUCCCACCGUUGGGACUGGGACUUGGUCUCUCGACUCCAGUCCACUUCAGAUCGAGUAUCGUGAACCACGGCGUGUCUCUGUCGAGCGUGGCGAUCGCCCAUGCCCCAGUCAUCCGCCCCAUCAUCAGCACACCGAUUAUCACCGCGCCCAUCCACGCCCCAAUAAUCACAGCCCCCAUAAUCAAGACCCCGAUCAUAGCUGCUCCCGUGUCAGUUGGCUGGUCCGGUCUUGGACACGGAUUGGGCGGCUACGGCCUUGGCGGCUACGGUCUUAGCGGCCACGGUCUUGGCGGAUACGGAUUGGGCGGCUACGGCUACGGCAAAGGCUGGCAUUGAAUUGUUCACGAUAACAUAAUCCAUUUCUUCUGUAAUAAAUAUUUUAUGCGCUGUU